GACAAGCUGCCUGCCAACCCCCUCCCUUGAGAAAUGGCCUUGCCCGGGAAUGCCCACCACAUAUACCCUCUUCUUUUUUCUAGUCAAACUCUGUUUACUCCUUGGCCUGCCUCCCUCCUUCCUCCCCUCUCAACCUUUACUUCUGAUUUCUAUUUCAUGGAAUUUGGGAUUGAAGUUAUACAACAGUGCCGCCAACACCAAGUCUUGCAGGAAAAAAAUACAAAGAAAUUUAACAAAAAAAAUAUAUUAAUAAAAAAGUUCAAAAAAGGGGGGGGAUUGUCAUCUCCUUUGGGGUGCGAUGGCUGCAAACCCAAACUCUCCGAGGCUCUCAGGGUGGUGAGAGGUAGAAGGAAGCCUCUUGGGGAACCGCGGCCCAGCUUAUUGCCUAGCUGUCCUAGCUGGAUGGUGGUGCCCUUGCUGAAGCUUCAGGACCUAAUCGAGGAGAUUCGCAGAGCCAAGACUCAGGCCCAGGAGCGGGAGGUGAUCCAAAAGGAAUGCGCCCACAUCCGGGCCUCCUUCCGAGAUGGGGACCCUCUGCAGAGGCACCGCCAGCUGGCCAAACUGCUCUAUGUCCACAUGUUGGGCUACCCUGCCCACUUUGGACAGAUGGAAUGCCUGAAACUGAUUGCAUCCCCCAGAUUCACAGACAAGAGGGUAGGCUACCUGGGGGCCAUGCUUCUAUUGGAUGAGAGGCACGAUGCCCACCUGCUCAUUACCAACAGCAUCAAGAAUGACUUGAGUCAGGGGAUUCAGCCGGUACAAGGCCUGGCUUUGUGCACUCUGAGCACCAUGGGUUCUGCUGAGAUGUGCCGGGACCUGGCCACCGAGGUGGAGAAGCUGCUCCUGCAGCCCAGCCCCUAUGUGCGCAAGAAGGCUAUUCCUACUGCGGUACACAUGAUCCGGAAGGUCCCUGAGCUCUCUGACAUCUUCCUCCCACCUUGUGCCAAACUGCUUCAUGAGCGCCACCAUGGCAUCCUGCUGGGCACCAUCACGCUGAUCAUGGAGCUCUGCGAACGAAACCCUGCAGCCCUCAGGCAUUUUCGUAAGGUAGUACCCCAGCUGGUGCAGAUCCUCCGGAUGCUGGUGACAACAGGAUACUCCACAGAGCACAGCAUAUCUGGAGUCAGUGACCCCUUCCUGCAGGUCCAGAUCCUUCGUCUGCUUCGGAUCCUGGGCCGGAACCAUGAGGAAAGCAGUGAGACCAUGAAUGACUUGCUAGCACAGGUAGCCACCAACACAGACACCAGUCGAAAUGCAGGCAACGCGGUCCUAUUUGAGACAGUGCUUACCAUCAUGGACAUCCGCUCUGCAGCCGGCCUACGGGUUCUAGCUGUCAACAUUCUUGGCCGCUUCCUGCUCAACAGUGAUAAGAACAUUAGGUAUGUAGCCCUGACGUCCUUACUACGCCUGGUGCAGUCUGAUCACAAUGCUGUGCAGCGGCAUCGGCCCACUGUGGUGGAAUGUCUGCGAGAAACUGAUGCCUCCCUCAGCCGGAGAGCCCUGGAACUGAGCCUGGCUCUGGUGAAUAGCUCCAAUGUGCGAGCCAUGACACAGGAGUUGCAGGCCUUUCUGGAGUCCAGCCCCCUCGAUUUACGGGCUGAUUGUGCCUCAGGCAUCCUGCUGGCUGCAGAGAGGUUUGCUCCAACCAAGCGAUGGCACAUAGACACCAUCCUUCACGUGCUGAUAACGGCAGGAGCCCAUGUGCGGGAUGAUGCAGUGGCCAACCUGACGCAGUUGAUUGGGGGUGCCCAGGAGCUACAUGCCUACUCUGUGUGCCGACUCUAUAGUGCCCUGGCAGAAGACAUCUCCCAGCAGCCACUGGUGCAAGUGGCAGCCUGGUGCAUUGGAGAGUAUGGGGACCUCCUGCUGGAGGGGAGCUGUGAAGAAGUAGAACCCCUUCAGGUGGAAGAAGAGGAGGUGUUGGCACUCCUAGAAAAGGUGCUGCAGUCCCAAAUGUCCCUGCCAGCCACCAGAGGAUAUGCACUCACAGCCCUCAUGAAGCUCAGCACCCGGCUUCGAGGGGACAACAACCGCAUCCGCCAGGUGGUGUCUAUCUACGGGAGCUGCUUAGAUGUAGAGCUGCAGCAGCGGGCUGUAGAAUAUAACACACUCUUCCGGAAGUAUGACCACAUGAGGGCUGCCAUCCUUGAGAAGAUGCCUCUUGUGGAGCGAGGUGGCCCUCAGGUUGAUGAGGAGGCAAAGGAAAGCAAAGAAGCAGUCCAGGUUUCAAAGGCAGCAGCCCCUGUCCCCACAGAGCCCCAGUUCUGACCCUUCUGCCCUUUCCCAUGGGCCUCAAAGCUCUUGGACCUGUUAGAUCUCCUGGAUGACACUCCUGAGGAUGCCCAGCAUCCUCCCCCUCUGGAUCCAUCCCCAGGAGGUACCUUAGUACACCUCCUUGACCUUCCCUGUGCAUUGCCACCUCCAGCUCCCAUUCCAAAUCUCAAAGUGUUUGAGCGUGAGGGAGUACAGCUCAAUCUGUCUUUCACUCGACCACCUGGAUCCCCUGCUUUGCUUUUAGUAACCGUCACCACCACCAACUCCUCAGAGGGUGAUGUCACCCACUUCAUCUGCCAGGCAGCUGUGCCCAAGAGUUUCCAGCUGCAGCUGCAGGCCCCCAGUGGGAACACAGUUCCAGCUUGGGGCGGCCUCCCCAUCACCCAGCUCUUCAGAAUCCUCAAUCCUAACAAGGCCCCCUUGCGGCUAAAGCUGCGCCUGACCUACAACCACUUGGGCCAAUCGGUACAAGAGAUCUUUGAGGUGAACAACUUGCCUGUGGAAACGUGGCAAUAACUCUUCUCUGCCUGAAAUCCUCCUGCAUCCCAAAGCCUGUGAUCCUAGCAGUGGGGAACCAACUCUGAGGGCUACCAGCAGAUGGCACCCUGGUUCUGCAUUAAUCACUGCAAAACUGUGGGUCUGCUCCCCUCCCCCACAAAUAAUGGCAGCCAAAUAAAGCCCGAGGGGGGCAUAAAGCCAUAAUCUGGGUA